UUAGGACAAUAAACUAAACUUUUUACCGCUCAAUGAUUUUAAAUUAUGUUCAAGUUCAAACUCAGUAAUUCACUUUAAAAUGCCUGCCACUCUAUUAAUGAAAUUGGUAAACGAUGAUAUUGAGUUGGAAAGUUUCAGGACAUGGCUUUUAUCUGGGGAGGAAUAUCCUGAAUUGAAGUGUUCUCGAGCAGAUUUUCUCACUUAUUUUCUCAAUUUCGUACACGAGGAGGUACCGUGUCAGAACAAGUUCGUUGAUAGCCCAGCUGUUAGAAUUAGCCAAAUCGGCGACAACUCAAAGAACAAUUUAGACAAACCUUCAGAAAAGAGCUUUACAGGAGUAGUAGUCGAGGUAAAUUGUAGCACACCAAAGUAUUCCAAGAUACAACCAAAUGCAGAACUAAGUAAUAGCUACUACAGUCCGGUAUCACCUCUAUAUGAAACCCAAAACAAGUUUGCAACCCCCAAAAACAGGAACCAAAGUUUAACAAAGCGGUCGUCUCCCAUUUGCCUAGGAGAUUACAUUAUACAAAGGAAAUCAUCCUCGAAAAAAAAACACUUCAAAGGGAAGACCCCAGAAAAGAGUAGCAAGAGAAUCACUCCAACAUGUAUCAACGAAGUGGAAGCUAGCGAAAGUUUCAAGACGAACCUCAACAGCUUCGAUAACUUUGAAACGAAAGAGGUUUCUAUAGAAAAUGUGAGUGGGAAUCGAAAUUUUUUGAGCGAAGAGCGUCUGAAAAUCUUAUCGAAACGUUUGGAGGAUGCUCCGGUUGUCAACAUUGCAAAGAAAGGUGAAACAGUUGGCCAGGGGCAAGAAAUAGAACCGAAACUAUGUUUGGUGACUUAUCGGACUUCAAUUGACAGAGUGGCAUCUGUUUAUACUAUAAUUUUGACUAACUACCUGGUUUUGAACAUCACUAGUGAGAUUUACUACCUGAUAUCCUUGCUCCUGAGCAAGAGGUAUGUUUCAGAGUCCUUUGACGAUUCACUGGGUGUGGAGUUUCUGAAUAGCGAAUUUAAAAAACCACAAUUGGUUGAGAAAGCCUUGAAUUGCUCAGAUAUUUUUGAAAGUAUCCAUAAUAUAGUGUAUUUCGCUGUGAAGUGUCUCGAGUCUCAGCUAGAAGUCUUGAAAACCUAUGACAAAUCAACGCUAAAUUUGUUGUCACUCAACAACAGGCUGCAAAAGUUUUCAAGAAAGUUCUCCGAAAAAUUGGCGAGGAUAUCCACAAAGAAAACAGAAAGAAUUAUAGAACUAUGUUAUGAUUCCCAGACGAAUGUCUGUUUCAAUUCCGAUACUGACAAUAGGGAAAAUUUCCCAAAUGAUAUUUGUUUUCAUUCUUUUAGGAAGCAGAGAGAUCUUUUCUACGAGAUUAUCAGGAUAUGGGAGACCAAUCACUUGUCUCAGGGGUGGAAUUUUUCAACGAGUCUAGGGGGUAAGAUAAAGACGCUGUUUGUUUUGCAGGGCAACUCGGUGAACUUUAUGCACUUUUCGAGGCUGUUUAAAGCACAGCUGUUGAGUACUUGUGGAAAAUCUCAAAGGGAAGAGGGUUUCUCUGAGGAACAGCUCCCUUUUCUGUCAUCUCUACCAAACAUAGACUCGAACAAACUGAACCUCUUGAAAAAUCGGCUGGUAACUAAGCAAGUUUCCAGCGGUUUGAAUUCUCUUCCACUUUUUACAGGACACCAAGAGUUUUACAAAGAUUUCAUACUGACAGCUGCUAACCAUGCUUUCAACCGACAUUUGUGCGAUACUUUCAUUUCAGAGAUUAUCGAACUCAACGACACCAAGUUUAGCUGUACAGACUUGAAUGAAUCUGAUACCGAUAUCGACACAUUAACUAUAAAGUCCUUUGCUUCGACCCUCAAAUACCUGAGGGUCCUCGCAAAGUUCUUGGGAUUCAUCGAAUCAUUGCCUUACAAAUCAGAAAUCAACAUGUCAGAAAAGUUGUUGAUAGCCCACAUCAGACUAAGGAGUCAGAUUACUCCUGCUUUCGAUAUCAAGCAGCUACUGCUUCGAUCAAUCUCCGAAAACACCAUCGUGCUAACAAUUCCUUGGUUGGUGAAGUACCUCGCGAUGCUUGACCAUGUGACUCUACGUUUGCCCUAUUACAUCCCGGUAUACAGAACUUUGUUUCAAUUGUACCGUUCUUACGACCAAUCCACACCAAAGAAGUCAUACAACUACAACAUCUCAUUGGUUAGGUUUUCCUUGGGUUGGCUCUUUGAACUGUCCCAUUUUCCUGAUGCCGAGUACUUCUACUCCGAAACUAGUAGUCCAACUUGCCAGAUACCAAAGAGAAAUACUCUGGACAAUUGCAAUAUAGUGGAUCAGAAUGUGCUGUACACUUGUUGCCCCUUCCUGGACGAAAUUAAGAAGUUACUGAGCAGCAGUUCGUCGCAGAGAGCUACCACAGUUAGGCAUAUCACUCCAGUUACUUCCAGGGAGUCUUCGGAAGUCUUGCUCCAGAAGCGUUCAGCACAUUUAUUGGAGGAAGCUUUUUUCAAUGGCCAGCCCUCUUCUGUCAGGAAAACGGUCGAGUUUGUGAGUGAAAGAGUGGCAUCGGCUUGCGUUAAGCACAUAUGUCAUUCGAUAGUACCUGCGGCCAAAAAAGCUGCUUUGCAGGAACUCAAAUCGUUUUUGGAGUCGGAGAGAAAGGACUUGCAGGAUUUGUCUCCGGCGAGGGAAAAGCAGCAGAAUCAAUGCAGCUUGUCUUCUCUUCACAAGCAGUGCCACAAGGAAGUGUCUGCUAUACUGAGCGAAAAAUUGCCGGCGACCAUAGACGGCUUGUUAGCGAUAGACUCGUUGCCACAAACGAAAUCCGCCUGUGUCUCGAUAGCUGCAAAAACCUGCAAGGAAAGAGUGAAGCAGUGGUUGGGCAUGCACGUCACCAUUUCCAUAUUCACUAGAGACUUCGACAGCGAAGUGCAGAAAUCACUGUACCACGAAAACAAGAAAUCAGCCAAAGAUAAAGCGGUUUUCGCGAUGCCAGCUUUAGGAAGCAAAGAAAACCACAAUGAGGACGCUCUGAGUGGGUUUCACUUGCUGGAAAAGAUAAAGAAUUUGUCGGUCGAUCUCAUCGAUGAUCCUUCGAGUAUUGAAGAAGAAGCUGUUUUAAAGCUGCUACAGGAAGCACCCGCGACUCUUAACGAACGUUGUGAUGUGAAUGAAGUCAUCACCGCUAAUAUAUGCACCGCUCUUGUCGAUUUUUCGUUGUUGUUGGUUAUUCACAAAGAUAACAUCUGUACAGAGAAUAUACUGAACUUAUUUAUGAAGUCUUGGGAGUUUUAUUACGGAACCACAGAGGACCUUUUCGCUAAUUUAUUGUGUCCCAGAAACAUUUCGCUAUUAAGAAAAUCCAGCGACAGAAGAGCAGUUUGGAAGGCAUUUUCGAAGUUUGUCAUGCUGUUAAUCAAAUACAAUGCCCUCUCUCUCGAUAACUUCGAGCAUCAGUGUACGGGAUUUUUCAAAAAGGACUGGGAUAGGGCUGUUUUGGAAGAUGUUUGUUACUUUUUCCGGUGUUUCGCCGAAGACUACAGACAGAAAGGAGGAGACGCCGGUAAAUUUUUGUUACUGGUCGAAUUCUUCGCUGAAUUUUGUCCAGAUUUGUGAGAACAUUUUUAACUGUUUUUAUGUAUUUAUUGACUAAGUGUCUCGACCAAGUGGCUGUUUUUAUUUUAUAGGCUGAUUUUAUAUAGAAAAUACAGAAUGUGGUUAUUACAAA